AUGCUUUUCACCACGGUCCUCCCUUUCCUCGCUGUCUUCGCGAUCCCCGCGUUCUGUGCACCAGCCUCUGCGGACCAGGUCGUCCCAUCCGCCAAGGCUUGCCCUGGCAAAGCAUACCGCACGGUCAUCCGUAAUGCUCCGUCCAGCACCUCGACAUCGGUCGCUGCAUCUGCCAGCCCGGUGCCGAGUCUUCAGACCAGUAACCUUGCAGCGACCGGUGGCGCACCGGCUGGCGAUGCGACCACCCUGCUCAACCUUCACAACAGCUUCCGCGCUCAGUAUGGGGCCAAAGCUUUGACCUGGAGUUCCGAGCUCGCCACCUAUGCUACCAACUACGCUGGCGGGUGCAAGUUUGCGCACUCCAAGGGACCUUACGGCGAGAACCUGGCUGCUGGAUACGGUGGCGGCUACUCGGUCACCUCGGCCUUCAACUCCUGGGCUAAUGAAGCUGCCAAGUACGACUGGAACGCGCCCGGCUUCAGCUCUGCCACCGGCCACUUCACUCAGGUCGUCUGGAAAGCUACCACCGAGGUUGGAUGCGGCGUCGUUUCGUGUGCGGACGGGACGAUCUUCUCGGGGACACAGGGGCAGAAGACGAGCUAUGUGAUUUGCGAGUACAGGAAGCCGGGCAAUGUGGUCGGCAACAACAACCAGUACUUCACGGACAACGUCGGGACGAAGCAGAGCUAA